CGCCUCGAAAUUCGCACUUAACUUUAUACGCUAGUUGUAAUGCACGCGCGAACCCGCUAAAGGGCUUUCUGUUAGUUCAUUUUUUGAUUUGACCUCGGUGGGGAGUCCUGUACUCGAGUGCUAUGACGACGUUGUUCGUAGCGGCCAUCGCUCGUACCGCUGAGUUCGCCAUGGGAAAUCCGUUGCAUCUGGAGCCGUCGGCUUGUCUGACUCCCAGUUGCCCUGUGAUCUCACCCUCCCUUCUCAAUCCACCAUCUUAACAUAUCAAAAUUUUUUUUUUUAUCGAUUAAUUUUUUGUGCCCGGUCGACAUCAUACGUUUUAUGCUAAUUAUAAUGAGUCUGAUGACAACUGUACCGUUUUCAGUGGAAGUAAUAAAACCCAUCGAUCAUGGACCAACAGAUCGGCUCAGACGGGAGCAGUGGACACAUGACUGUUGUCCAAGCGAUUCCGACGACCAACAAUCAAGUGCAAGUUGUCCAGGCCGGCCAGGUGAUACAGAGCGCUAAUGGUCAGCAGAUCGUCGUGCAUGCUGUUCCCCAAAAUGCUGGCCAAUCAGUACACUUGGGUUCGCCGGGUAACCAGCAAUUGCAGUUGCUCCAACUACCCGUACAACAGCAGGCGCAAGCGCAGUUAAUUCAGACACCUGAUGGACAAACAUUUAUUUACCAGCCUGUACAAGUUGAUAAUGGGCAAUCGAUUGCUCAACAACAAACUCAACCAACACUAAUAAGCAUAAAUGGAAAUAUCAUGCAAUUAUCCAGUCCACCAUCAGGUGGUUCACCCACUGUCACUCAAGCAGCUACGACUGUUGCACAAGCAGUUCCCCAGAACCAGCAAAACAUUGUUAUGAUGGUACCAAAUGGGACUGCUACCAGUAAUAAUCAAUUUCAACGGGUACCCACAACAGCAGAGUUCCUUGAAGAGGAACCAUUGUAUGUAAAUGCUAAACAGUAUAAAAGAAUACUGAAAAGAAGGCAAGCAAGAGCAAAAUUAGAGGCUGAAGGGAAAAUUCCAAAAACUCGACAAAAAUAUCUGUACGAAUCGCGUCACAAACAUGCUAUGAAUCGUAUACGAGGAGAAGGUGGCCGUUUCCAUUCGGGAUCCCUAAAGAGAAUGAGUAUGUCAAGUAGUAAAAAUAUGCAAAAUGAUGACUGUAACAUUCGAAUGGACAAUCACAGUUACCAUGUAACUAUUAAACGUCAAAUUGACGAUGAACAAAAUUUGCAAUCGCAUAAUGGAUUAGUUUAUAGCAUAAGUGGCUAAUAAAAAAAAUGCCUAUUUUCUCAUUUGAACUAAGAGUAAUGUGUUAACUGUUAAAUUUAAAAAAGUGUUUUUGAAUUAUCUUAAUUACUUGUAAAUUUUUAAGACUUAAUUUUAAUUUAUUAUUUUCUUUUUUAUUAGUAUACUUUGUUGAAUACUAUAGUCACCUUAGUGAAGUAUGAGAUUAUCAUUAUUAUUUUUCUUUUUAUUUGUAAUUAAGUUUCCAACCUUUAUAAA